CAUCAUCAUCCUUCCUUGAUCCCUUUGGGUGACACUGUUACAGAUCAAAUUUUUUUUUCCAGACUUUGGGGUGGACCCCUUUUUUCUUCUAACCAUGCUUCCAUCACUUGUGCUACUAUAUAGUAUGCAUAUUGUACUACUAUACCAAACCAGCCCUCGGGAGUGACGGCCGCCUGCAUAAUGAUUGAUGAUCCUCCCUGUUCUCACCAAUUCUUCCAAUGCUGGAAUUUGGGGUAACUGCGGUUUCUUUAUAUAAAUGGUUCAUUCCAUGCUGGUCUGGACUGGGAACGUCUCAUUCGGGUCCUUUGGAGUUCCUACAAAUUCCAACUCAUCCAUGGUUCCUCCCGGCAUAUCCGCAAACGUCAUUCCUGUCCCUCCGCAAACAGCAACGCCCUUCAUGGGAUCAACGAAGGGGUCCAGGACCGGCUGGAUCCUACCGGCCGCCCAACCCUUUUCUUUACCCUUGGAUGAUGGAAUCCAUUGAAUGCAGCGUUUUUCAAGUUCGUCAAGUCCUUCUGUGCGAUCCGUUGGCAUUUUUAUCGAACUAUUGAAUUCUACUCUUGCAUUCCUCACAAGCCGGCUGUCGCUAUCGUACAUCUUGCAUAUACACCGCCCCGAUAAAAGCCAUCAUGUACAGGCACUCUAUUUGAAUCUUAAGCGACCAGCUUUCUGGUUCUCGAUGAGCGGUUGAAGUCUACCUUCUGACUAUGGCUGCCCGAUCUCUCACAACCGCGGCCACGCUCUUUACGGGCCCGGGGGGAGCUAAUAGCGCUACACCAGCCGUCAAUGGCAGUGGAACCUUCCAUGUGGUGCUAGAUGGGACCGUACAGACUUUGUCCACGACGAACUCCCCACCCAAAGACCCGAUCAAGGGACUACUGUUUGUUCCUGGUCUCGAUGACAAUGAUCCGUGCAACAAUCUUACCACCCCGUUCAUACCCCCGAAUGUCACCCGCCACCAGGAUGUCCUGCCGUUCGAAUAUAACACCAUCGGUUUGGCGCCAUGGAUCUCUACCGAAUGCACACAAUCGUUCCUCGAUUCUUCACAGCGCAUGGAGGUUGAUGCGCUGGUGUUCUACAUCCCGUCCCAUGACAACACCAAACCGCCAGGGCCAAAGGACUCGGCGUGGAUGCUAGACGAGAAUGAGGAAUGGAAAAGCCAGAACAAUUACCCCGUCUACGCGAUCCCUGGGCUCGCGGGUGCAACCUUGAUGAACCAGUUGUCGAUGUAUUCGGGGGACACGAUCCCUCCCGAUUUUCAAAAUGACAGUAUGUCAGAUGAGCCAGGGAUCAUCCGCCUAAUCACUCUAAUCAAUUUAGAACACGGGGAGAGUAAAAUGCCCAGUCUUUGGGGGUUCAUCCUUGCGAUUCUCGGUACCAUUCUAGUGCUCAGUAUCAUUCUUUUGAUGUGCUACCAGCUUGUACAAAGCCGACGGCGGGAAAACCUACGGCGUCGGAUUGAAGCAGGCGAAGCAGACUUGGAGGAGCUGGGGCUCCACCAGAUCAAAGUCCCGCGCGAGAUAAUCGACACUAUUCCGGUGUACAUAUAUGCAGACCAGGGUACGCUGAGCGAGACAGAGCCACAGUCCAGGAACUCUGGAUCGAAUGACGGCUCGUCCGUCCGGUCCGACGAGACUUGUGAGCGGCGCAUGGAGCUCGAUGAGAAGUGCGCCGAGAUCAAGAUGGAGAGGGCGACCUUGGAAAGGACAGACGAUGAAAGGGAGACGAAUAAGGAAAGCAAGACAGGAACCGAGAAAACAAGUGGAGACGAGGAGGAUGAAUCCCACGCCGACAACCCCACUGUCCGCGCGACCCAUUCCAGCUGCCCAGCCAGCCCGCACGCGGGUCACCGCAGUCGCCUCAGCUACACACAAACCAUGUGUGCAAUAUGCCUUGAGGAGUACGAAUCGGGCAUGUCGGUGGUUCGAGAGCUACCUUGCGGGCAUAUCUUCCACCCACAGUGCAUCGACACCGCUCUGACGCAGAGUAGCUGUCUCUGUCCGCUGUGCAAGAAGAGCGUUCUCCCGACCGACACCUACCCGGUACCAGUGACCAACAGGACGGUGCACCGCGAUUUCAUGCUUCAUCGAUCUCGGUGGUCGGCUCCAUAAGAUCCAGAGCAUCAUUUGGCCUGACAGGAGUUGGAUUGCGUGAUACCCCUAUGUAAAUGAUCAAUGUAUAAUACAAAGAAUAUGCAAAAA